GAGAACUUGAAGGGAGUAUAUGAGUGCAUUUGCUGCUUUGAAAGCUCUAAGAGAAGCUUCUGCGUCUCCUUUAGACGGCGGUGAUACUUUAGAUACCCCUGGAGUACAAAGAGUAGUGGAAGAUAUAGUGAAGGAGGAAGAAGUGCAUAAAAUACAGCCAGAAUUGUCUACUUUUCAUACUGUAUCGAAUUUUAGUCCCAAUCGCCAAAAUAUAAUAUUCAGAGAUGGUAAUGUACUAGUGGCUUUAAAAAAAGGUGAAAGCUUAAUAAUUAAUGGUCAGGGUACUUUUACAGUGGAAAAUGGUGCCGUACUUAUAAAUGAUAUACACUACGUUUCAUCCAGUUCUUCGAAUUCAAGUCAUGAUUUUAUAGCAACACCAGCUCAAUCUCUUCCUGUUAUAUCAAGCACCCACCAUGCAAACAAGAGCAACAAGCCUUGUGCUCCAAGUUCGGAUUUCAGCAUUGAAUAUGAAUCAGUUGUUAAAUUGAGUAAUUUGUAUACUGGGUUAGAAAAGCUCAGCUAUUUCCAUAAUUCUUUCAAAUCCUUUUUUUAUAAUAAAAGCCAAGAACAAGAUGGGUUCCUAGACUCAGAAAUUAAGAGAUAUUCAGCAAAAUUUAAGAGCUAUUCUUUUGAGAUAGUUCUAAACCAGGACGAAGAAUUCAGUGGGUUGACCAUAAAUCCUGAAUGGCGGUCAUUGAUCUCGAAAGCCAUUACUGAAUGCUCAAAGGAUAAAGAGCCAAAAGUUUUCAUGGUAAUUGGUACUAAAAAUAGCGGUAAGUCUACUUUCGCCAAAACAUUAUUAAAUUCAUUGAUUCAGUAUUCCAAUAAGAAAAGAAAGAAGGCUGAAAAUGUCAAAAAAAUAUCAUAUAUAGAUGUUGAUCCAAACCAAUCUGUGUUCUCAACUCCAUAUAGCUUGUCAAUCUCCAAUCAUGAUGUACCCAAUUUUGCCUUGAAUUUCCACGAAACUGUGGCCCCUGAAGAUUGUUACUCACAUUAUUAUGGUUUCAGCACUGCUCAAGAACUGCCGCAUCGAUACUUAUCUAUUAUCAAAAGUCUUUUACAUCACUAUAAAGAGAACUACAAAGAAAAUGGUAACCAUCUUGUGAUAAAUACUCCUGGGUGGGUAAAGGGAUUUGGAAAGGAAUUGCUCAAAGAGGUGUCCCGUUUGGUUCAACCGGACCAGGUCUUUUUUUUGUCCAAUUCUUUAGAAGAGGGUGAUGAUUCGUUAGCUCUAGAAGGCAUAUCCUUCCAGAAUAUCAGCACGUCAAGAGGUAUCUAUAAAACAUCCAAAUUCACUUCCUCUCAAUUAAAAACAUUUAAUAAGUUAGCAUAUUUCCACCAAUCGAGUUGUCUAAAGUUCAAUUUCCAAAGCUGGUUCUUAGAAAAAUCGCCGCUUAAAUUAUCAUACUCGACCCUUAAUACUCAAGAUACCCUUGGUAUAAACGCAAUAACGAUACUCAACCAAGAUGCACAAGUCAAUUUUCAUAUAGACGACUUAGGUUUGAUGCUUGAGGCAUCGAUUGUUGGUAUUUAUGCCAUAGAAGCGUCAUUAUUUCAAAACUUCAAGCCAAAAUUGACCAACAAUAAUAAAAACUUAGACAUGCCUCUAUACAUCAAUUCGCUGGAUUUCGCCAUCGAUCACAACUCUCCUCUUAUACGUUAUAUGGGAUUAUCAAUGGUUCACAGCAUCAAUGCCGCUGACCGUUACUUGAACAUGUACUUCCCCUUUUCCAACCGAAUCCAGGGUUUAAUCAAAGAAUACAUCGAGAGAAAAUACAAGCUUAUCAUCGUAAAAGGUGAAGGGUCCUUGCCCGUUUACGAAAUGGUUAGUCCUGACAUGCUACUGUUUUCUGGUUCCGAACGACUCCCACAGUUGCCGUACGUCAGCUUCGAUAAUAGAAGCAAGGUUGGCGAUGUGUGGAAGAUAAGGCGAAACGUCAUGAGAAACAGGAAGAACUAACUACUAUUUAAUCAAUAUAAGAAUACAAC